AAUAUACGGGACGCCAGAGGAGCCUUACCAAAAUAGCCCAGUUAUUAGUGAAGUAAUUGAAUGGACAAAUUCUCCUAUGGCUUUGGAAGACUUUCUUGAAGAUUUUGUACCUCAUUUUGAACCGGACGACAUCUUUUCACAGUUAUCUGACAAAGAUUUACGACAUAAAACUUUAGCGGACGAUUUAUUGACUCUUUUCCGGGAACAAUAUGAUAAGAUGGAAGAUGAAAAA